AUGAUUGAGGACCUGCCGGAGGAAUGCCUGUGCCACAUCAUCUCGUUCACCUCUCCGGCCGACACGUAUCGUUUGGCGGCGGCCUCGCCGGCAUUCCGUGGAGCGGCAGAUUCGGACCUCACAUGGGAGACAUUUUUGCCGCCCGGUUAUCGAGAGAUUUUGUUGAGAUCGGUUAUUCCGGUUCCGUUCUCGUCAAAGAAGGAUUUGUUUCGCCUGCUUUCGUCGGCUCCGGUGCUCCUCGACGAGGGCAAAAUGACAUUUGCAAUAGAUAAAAGCACAAACAAGAAAUGCUACAUGUUGAGUGCAAGGGAACUAUCAAUCGCUUGGUCAAGCAAUGAGAUGUGUUGGUCCUGGAAACACCUUCUCAACUCAAGAUUUUCGGAGGCGGCGGAGUUGAUCAUGGUAUGUUGGCUAGAAAUUCACGGAAAAAUAAACACGACAAUGUUGUCUCCAAAGACAACCUACGGAGUCUACAUUGUUAUCCAACUAACGAACCGCGCGUUUGGACUUGACAAAUUACCGGUCGAGGUAUCACUAGAGCUGGACAACUACAAAACGAAAAACACGAUUUAUUUAAAACGGGAGGAGCACAACGAAGACGUGGUAGGAUUGGAGCCUCAAGUCGUGAAAGAAAACGUCGCAGUUCGCGAACGUGGGGACACGUGGUUUGAGGUCGAGUUAGGAGAAUUCUACAACGCGGAUGAUCGGAAUAAGGAGGUGAGGGUGUGGUUGAGAGAAACUAAAGGUGUGCAUCUAAAAGGAGGACUUGUUGUUGAAGGCAUUGAGGUUAGGCCCAAACAUAAAUGA